AAAAUUUCAAUUCCCUCUCUGGAAUAUUUAAUACUGAUUCCUAAUUUUCACAUUAGAUCUCAACCCAUGAGAUUAACCGCACAGAGAUCAGACAGGAGAAAGGCGUGUUGUACAGUAUGUCCUGUUUCAAUGUCAACAGUAUUCAUUGUUUUAGUCCGUUAUUCAAUUUCUUUUUUUUCCAUUGGCGGAUUGAAAUAUGACUGUCUCGGAAGACAUUGGGAAAAUUUAGUAGCUAUGCUUUUCUUCAGAACCGAUCUAGUUGCUCCAGAAUCAACCACCAAGGUAAACACAGACCCCCUCACUUGAAUCUCAACAGUGGGUAGUGAAUGAGGGUUUAACACAGCUAACAAAUGACACAAAAUAAAUUCUGAAUCUUCUCAUGUUAAACCUUCAUCUUCAGGAUCAUAUGUAUCAAAACGUAAUGAAUUAAAUGGUACAUGACCUAGUGGUGUGUUUAUUUCAAGCUCUGAAACUUAGUCCCCGUUCAGUCACGCCCAUCCUUCAUCCGAGUCCUCCUCUUCGCGACCUUUUCUUUGAGGGCAGUUGCGUCCCCAACGUCCCUGCUGUCCGCACACGAAACAGACAUUUCUUCCCCCAUGAUUUCAAUCCUAGCCCACUGGUACUCCACUGAAGGUGGUCUUUGUUUUUUUUUUUUUUUUUUUUUUUUAUUUAAAGGGUGUUUUGUUUUUAGGACAGAAGAGCUCUGUGUAUUGUCAGUUUGGGAUCAUUAGAGAAUGGUUACGUUCUGCUGCUGUGGUUCCAUUUGAACUUUUGCUAUUUCCUGCAAACCAUUUCAUUAAGGAACACUGAGUGCCUAGCCGGAGAUCAUGAAGUGGAACCUCUUCAAGAAGAAACCAGAAGCCAUGGUGGGUCCUGAGCCCACGGGUUUUGGGGGAACGCACCCACCCAGCACCAUGACGAUGGCCCCUGCUCUCUCCACUGCAGCAGACAACUCCACAGAGUCUGGAGGCUCUUCCAUGGAUGACAUCUUUGAGAAGAUCAGGAACAAAUUCCUUAAUGAGAUUGAAACAAUCCCAUUGCCUCCCUGGGCACUGAUUGCGAUCGCCGUAGUGGCAGCUCUUCUCAUCGUAACCUGCUGCUUUUGCAUCAUCAAGAAAUGCUGCUGCAAGAAAAAGAAGAACAAGAAAGGAAAGAAGGGCAAGGAUGGCUUCAACAUGAAGAAUAUGCAGGGUGGAGAUAAAAACCAGGAUGACGACGAUGAGGAUGGAGAAACAGGUUUAACCGAGGAAGAGAAAGAAGAAGAGGAAAAGGAGCAGGAGAAACUGGGCAAGCUGCAGUAUUCUUUGGAUUAUGACUUCCAGGAUAACAAGCUGACAGUGGGGAUCUUGCAGUGUGCUGACCUGAUUUCCAUGGACUCUGGAGGAACUUCAGACCCUUACGUUAAAGUCUUUCUCCUCCCUGACAAAAAGAAAAAGUUUGACACUAAGGUGCACAAAAAGACUCUGAAUCCUGUAUUCAACGAGACUUUUGUUUUCAAGGUCCCCUACCAAGAGCUGGGAGGAAAAACUCUGGUUAUGUCUGUUUUUGACUAUGAUCGCUUCUCCAAGCAUGACAUCAUUGGUGAAGUCAAACUGCCCAUGAACACAGUGGACAUGGGACAGCCUAUUGAGGAAUGGAAAGACCUGGAAAGUGCUGAGAAGGAAGAGCCGGAGAAGCUUGGUGAUAUCUGCAUUUCACUGCGGUAUGUCCCCACUGCCGGUAAGCUGACUGUCUGCAUUCUGGAGGCAAAAAACCUGAAGAAAAUGGAUGUGGGCGGACUAUCUGAUCCAUAUGUGAAGAUCCAACUGCUACAGAAUGGCAAGCGUCUAAAGAAGAAGAAGACCACAGUGAAGAAGAAUACACUGAACCCAUACUACAAUGAGUCUUUCAGCUUUGAGAUCCCACUGGAGCAGAUGCAGAAAAUCCUCGUGGUAGUCACCGUCUUUGACUACGACAAGAUUGGUAAGAAUGAUGCCAUCGGAAAGCUCUUUAUUGGCAGCAAGGCUUCAGGCACAGAGCUGAAGCACUGGUCCGACAUGCUGGCCAACCCACGCCGUCCUAUUGCUCAGUGGCACACCCUGAAAGAAGAAGAGGACAUAGACGCCACGCUGGCUGGUCUCCAUGCCAAGAAGUAACUUCACCUCUCUACAAAUUCAACUAAUCAACUAACCUCCCUCCUCAACCCAUCCAACCCAGCCACCUCUGCAUGAAAGCCGACCAACCACUGCCCAUGCCUACUCCAAAUAAUGUUCAGAAUAAUGUACUUGAAAAAGUCAGCAUUGCUGAAUGUGAAAACUCCAUGUCUCCCCAAAACCCAGUUCAUCCUGUAGUGUACACUGAGUGGAAGCGUGGUUGAAGAAGACAUGUUUUGUCGUCCUAAAGCAGUUUUCAAAUUGUCAUCCCAUGCUCCUGCAACAGAGGGAUAUUUGCACAUGGAGUCAUAUAGCUUUCAUAACACAGACAUGGCAUCUUCAUCCUCUAUGGUCAGUUACCAUCGACAUAUCAAAUUGAUUCAAUGAAAUUAUAUCAUUGCGUGUAUAUAAGACACAAGAAAUUGCUAAUAAAAAAAAAAAAAUCGGACUACCUGACAAAAUAUGUUUAACUAGUACAGAAAUAAUAUAUAUGAACAAGUCAAUUAUAUCAUCGUAU